UAAAUGCCCUUCAGGAAAAGGAACAUCCUGAAGCUGCACAGUCCAGUUUCCAUUCCUUUCCUUUCUUUUCUCAGUAAACGAUGAGCGGAAGGACGUUCGUGGUGAUUUUUGUCUUCUGGGCUCUCCUCAUGCUCAUCACCCCGACGCUCAUUCACCUGUCCGAGUCCGCGAAGCAUGGUGAUUGGAGGAGUGAGGAGAUCACAACCAGGAAAAUGGUAGAUCAUCUGAAGAAAUACAUUUCCAAAAGCCCGACAACUUCAUCUCCACCUGAGAGUUCACCAGCACCGACAGCAGGACUGGCUUCGGGUCCAGAGACGAGCGAAAGUAAGCAAUGGACUUGGGAUGUAGGGCCACGAAUCUUGAUACAUCAAAGACGAAGAGUCUGAUAUUUCUUCAUAUGUGAAAUGAAACGCGACCAAAUCUCAUUGGAUUGCAAAUCCUGAUGCCUAAACUCACAUCACGAAGAUUGACUUGAAGGAUCAGUCCUCCAGCACGACAAUUUAAAAGCCACAAGAAAUGAAAAAACUCCGACCUUUAGUUCCUUUCAAACUGAAGAAAGAGCUUCUUAUCGGAAUACAACCCAUGGUACAGCUGCAGCCGGAAUCAUUCAAAAAGGAAAUGCUGUCCUUGUAACAUUCCCGGGAUUCGUAACGAGCAGAAUACGAUUGCCCCUUGAAUAGGCCUUAAAUAGCCUAUUACCAACUUAUCAGUGUGAAAACCUUUAUCAGUGAUUACUGAUUAUAAGCUGAAGCAAUCGUCUCUUUUGACUCCCUCACUGGCUCAUUUUUUACCGCCAAAUGUGCCUCAAAUGAUCUGUUGUCGAAUUGAAAGUACGAGGUCAUAUAUGUAUAGCAUAUGGAAGUUUGAUUUCAUAAUAAGCUUGUUCAGUUAUGAUGAUACGUUAUUAUCAUAGUCGUGUUUUCUUUGGCCGGAAUAUCUUCCUCAUACUAUGGAUUGGAUGAUCACUUGUUC